CUUCGCCCUUCCACGCCAGCACCGGGUCUUUCCCCACACUUUUCGCACGAUGGCCUCCGCUGGCCCAGACUCUCAGAGCCUGAAAUCAUGGCAAGAUGCUUUCCAAUACCCUAUCCCUACCGUGCGCCGGGUCGAACAGGAGCUCCGCCGCGACAUCGCCAGUAAUAAGGAGAAGCUCCGCGCUCUGGUUGGGACACGGUAUCGCGACCUCGUUGGGACGGCCGAGACGAUUGUUUCGAUGAACCACGACAUACAGCAGGUCGACUCGACGCUGACGGAUAUUGGACGACGGUGUAAUCCGCGAUUGAUGGAAAAGAAGCACGCACACUUCAACCAGAUCAAGGGCGACGUCAGCGAUAAAGAUGUUGGCCAACGGGCAUUAGCGGCGCAGCUUUCCCUGCUUCACCGGUGCGCGACGUCGAUCUCGAGACAACUGAGGAAACAUGGGUCGAUCUUGUUGGUCGCGAAGCUCUUUGUCGUCUCUCGCCUUUUGCACAAGACCCUCUCGCAGCAGGAAUCGGUACCGCCCUUUUUGGAGAGCUUGCGCAACCAAUUGGCCGUGCUUCGACGGACGCUUCUGAAAAGGACGAAGAAGCGCCUGGCUUCGGCCACCUCAACGAUCGACGAGAUUAUUGAGUCGCUGGCGGCGUAUUGCUUGGCUACGAGCUCCUCGUCGGAUGAUGCGAUCCGUCACUUUCAUGAAGUUCGCCUGGGUGUUAUUGGAAGCCAGCUGGAAUCGAAUGACCCUUCGGGCGAGAACGUCUUGAAUGCCUUGCGACUAUACGUGCUUACCCUACAGAACUCUAAAAUUUUACUGUCUCGCCGUCUGUCCGACGUGCUGGCUAAGCUGAAAGUGCGGCCGAUCCUGACGGACCCCGAGAUUCGUGGCCUUGACGACCUCGGUCUCGAUGUUUUGGGCCGCUGGGUAGCUCCGGAAGUCGGCAACUUCACGCCGUGGAUCAAACUGACUGAGGUUUCCAAGUCGGAUGCCGAGAAGGUCAUCAAGCAGUGGUCCAAGGAGGCGUUUGGGGUUUUUACCAACGGGUGUCAAAAGGCUUUGUCGCAAUUCUCGGAAUUUCCCGCUUUGCUCUCUCUUCGCGGAAAGACCUUGGAGUUGUGGCUUUGCUCUUGGAGCUCUACGCCUACCCACUCGUCUUUGCAGGUUCUCGAAGGGACCCGUUCGGUUUUUAAUAAGCGGUUGACGGAGAUCUUGUCCGAUCAGGCAAAAGCGCUGGGGGAUUUCGGGCAGAGUGUUGCGUCCACGAUCUCAAAUUGGGAAAACAAAGAGCACAACGCGGCGCAAUCUCUUUGGGGUCAGGAGACGAUCUCGCUUGACUACUCCAACGGUGGUGAUGCUUUCAAACAAGCGGUUGCGGAUACGCUACUUGGCCGGGAUGAGGAUGUAUCAACCGCCCUCAAACCGUAUCAGACGUGGCUAUCGUCCAUUGGGGCGUCCAAAGAAGCCACCGAUGAGUUGCGAAAUAUCCGGUGGACGGAUGUCUUUGAGGAGGGCGAGGGAGACGACCUCGAUGUAGACAUUACCGCCAUGCUCAACGAAGACGAUCCUCGGCUGUUAUGGGAAGCGCUCCAGUGGUCUGUCCAGCAAGCCUUCGACACGCUAUAUACGUCCUUCGCCAGUACCUUCAAGGAGUUCGGUCCCGCCAGCCAAGGCCAUAAGGCCGCGUUUAUGUUGAAGGUCAUCCGGCUGGUUCGGAGAGAUAUACCGCCCGAAUUCAGUACCCGCAAGCCUGCCUUUGCACAAGAUAUUGUCCCCCAGUUGCAGGAUAUCCUUACCACCGAAGUUGCUACACAUACGCGCCUGCCAGCGCUGGCACCCCGCUCCCGGUCCUCGGCACUCGUGGGUCGAUCGCUCUGGGAGGGUGACCCUGAAUGUCCCGUCCAACCGUCACCGUCGACCUUCAAGUUCCUGCGCAGACUCGUGGGCUCCAUGGAUGGAUACGGUCCUGGUCUUUGGGAUGCGUCCACCGUGCGGGUCCUCAAGGGGAUCGCACAGACGAAGCUCUCCGAGCCUAUCGAAGAUGCUAUCAAGGUUUUGGCGCCUGCUACUUCUGAGAGCAAAUCCUCGGAAGAUGCCCCCACGGAUGACCAAACGCCGCAUGAAACACCGCCCGAUAAACCUGAUGACAAUGAAGCCGAAGCACAAAAUACCCACGACCGGAAAGUGCAAUUGUUCUUCGAUACCGUUUACCUGGCGACUGCUCUGGCGGACCAGGACGCGGGGAACAACCAGCUGCUAAACCUUGCCGAGAAAAUUCGCAGUGGCCUUGAAACCAGUCCUCAGGCUGUCCAGUCUAUGCAACAAGGAGCUCAAGAGUACUGGAAGCGAACCCAAUUGCUGUUUGGGCUUUUGGCUGUUGGGAGCGAGAAAUGAACCAGACCAGAUGAUGUGGUCAACCACGACUCUGGUUCAAGACACGAUAGAUAGACUCUCUGGCAGAUCUAUCUUCUGGAGACACCCUGUAUAUAUAAUUCUAUAUAAGAU